UCUUCUCCGGGGCCAGAGCAGCAGGGGCCGCGGCGUUUGAGUGGAGGAAGAUGGCGUCUCCGUGAGGCUCGGGGUCCCGCCAGCUGUGAGGGGCCCCGAGUGCGGCAAGUGCGGCCUGAGGCGGAGCGCCUCUGGCCCUGCCCUGUCUUCGGCUCCCUCAUCGCUGUCGCCAGCCGAGCGAACCUGAGAGCGUGGCGCGGGCUGGGCCAGCUGUCGAGUGGAAUGUCAUGGCCAGCUCCACAGACAGUGAAGAUGACAGUUUCAUGGCUGUGGACCAAGAAGAAACUGUGUUGGAAGGGACAAUGGAGCAAGAUGAAGAACCCCACCCAGUAUUGGAGGUUGAGGAAACUAGACAUAAUAGGUCGAUGUCUGAGCUGCCAGAAGAAGUUUUGGAGUACAUCCUGUCCUUUCUGUCACCAUACCAGGAACACAAAACGGCAGCCCUUGUCUGUAAACAGUGGUAUCGACUUAUCAAAGGUGUAGCCCACCAGUGUUAUCAUGGUUUCAUAAAGGCUGUCCAGGAAGGAAACAUUCAGUGGGAGAGUCGGACUUACCCUUAUCCUGGAACCCCAAUCACUCAGCGGUUCUCACACAGUGCAUGCUAUUAUGAUGCUAAUCAGUCCAUGUAUGUGUUUGGAGGCUGUACCCAGAGCAGCUGCAAUGCUGCCUUCAAUGACCUCUGGAGACUUGACCUAAAUAGCAAAGAGUGGAUCCGACCUUUGGCUUCAGGGUCUUAUCCUUCCCCCAAAGCUGGAGCGACUCUGGUGGUGUACAAGGACUUGCUGGUGCUGUUCGGCGGCUGGACGCGGCCAAGCCCUUACCCUCUGCACCAACCAGAGAGAUUCUUUGAUGAAAUACACACGUACUCACCCUCUAAAAACUGGUGGAACUGCAUUGUGACGACCCAUGGACCACCUCCCAUGGCCGGCCAUUCUUCCUGCGUGAUAGACGAUAAAAUGAUUGUCUUUGGUGGCUCUUUAGGGUCCCGGCAAAUGAGCAAUGAUGUCUGGGUCCUUGACCUUGAGCAGUGGGCAUGGUCCAAGCCGAACAUCUCUGGCCCCAGUCCUCAUCCUCGAGGUGGCCAAUCUCAGAUUGUCAUAGAUGAUGGAACUAUCUUAAUCCUCGGAGGGUGUGGCGGUCCCAACGCCCUAUUCAAGGAUGCUUGGUUGUUGCACAUGCAUUCGGGUCCCUGGGCCUGGCAGCCACUCAAGGUAGAAAAUGAAGAUCACGGGGCCCCAGAACUGUGGUGCCACCCAGCUUGCCGGGUGGGGCAGUGUGUGGUGGUCUUCAGCCAGGCUCCUAGUGGGAGAGCCCCACUCAGCCCCAGCUUGAACUCUCGCCCAUCACCUAUCAGUGCCACUGCUCCAGCCCUGGUUCCUGAAACCCGAGAGUACCGCUCUCAGUCUCCCGUGCGGAGUGUGGAUGAAGCUCCUUGCGUCAAUGGUCGCUGGGGAACCCUGAGGCCCAGAGCUCAAAGGCAGACCCCCUCAAGUUCUCGAGAAGGGAGCCUUUCCCCAGCAAGAGGAGAUGGCUCCCCCAUCCUCAAUGGUGGGAGUUUAUCUCCAGGAACAGCAGCUGUAGGUGGCUCUUCCUUGGACAGCCCGGUACAGGCCUUAUCUCCUAGCACUCCAUCUACCACCGAAGGAUACGACCUGAAAGUCGGACUCUCUUUGGCCCCCCGACGAGGGUCACUACCAGAUCAGAAAGAUCUGAGAUUAGGAUCCAUAGAUCUGAAUUGGGAUCUGAAACCUGCUCCCAGUAGCAAUCAUAUGGAUGGCGUGGACAACAGAACAGUUGGGGGAAGUAUGAGACACCCUCCUGAGCAGACGAAUGGUGUGCAUACCCCACCACAUGUGGCCAGUGCCCUUGCAGGAGCUGUCUCCCCAGGUGCGCUGCGGCGGAGCCUAGAAGCCAUCAAAGCAAUAUCAUCCAAAGGCCCUUCAGCCUCUGCAGCACUAAGUCCUCCCCUGGGGUCUUCUCCAGGCUCCCCUGGGAGCCAGAACCUGAGCACUGGGGAAACAGUACCCAUUUCCCGCCCAGGGCCUGCCCAGGGAGACGGACAUUCCUUACCCCCCAUUGCCCGCCGCCUGGGCCACCACCCUCCGCAGUCCCUAAAUGUUGGCAAACCUUUGUACCAGAGUAUGAACUGCAAGCCCAUGCAGAUGUAUGUGCUGGACAUUAAAGACACCAAGGAGAAGGGGCGGGUCAAGUGGAAAGUAUUUAAUAGCAGUUCUGUGGUUGGGCCUCCUGAAACCAGCUUGCAUACAGUGGUACAAGGCAGGGGUGAGCUCAUCAUAUUUGGAGGACUCAUGGACAAGAAACAGAAUGUGAAGUACUAUCCAAAAACAAACGCCUUGUACUUUGUGCGAGCAAAGAGAUAAUGUGUUCUAAACCCCUUUCCCUUUCUGUGGCUUUUAAUUUUCCAGUGUGCAAGCAUUUGGACUAAGAAUUGGGAAAACAAAGGACGCAAUUACUCCCAAACCAAAAGCCCAGCUCCCAACCUCACCCAUUCCAGGCUGGGAUCAAAUCUCCAUUAAGAAAAAAAAUUAUAUGUAAGUAUAUAAAUAUAUAUUAUAUAGCCACCUCUGUUUACAAAAAGGGAGCAGUCUCCGUCCUGGUGCAGGUAAAGUGGUCGGCUGUGACUUAGAAGAGGCUUUGCCCCCUUUUCUGCUUUGCUGGUAACUAGAUCAAGGUUUUAGGGAGCAGACUAAUGUCAGAACUUUCCUAAGGAAACUGAAGAGUCCCCAUAAGUCUUUAUGCGGCCUUCUUGGAGUUAGAAAAAGAAAAGUGUGUGUAAGAUGCACAAGUGGAGGCUUCAGAGUCACACGCUUCAGGUGUUGGCGGGGUUAAAGGAGCCUCUGAAAGCUGUUCCUCCCCUUCUAAAACCAGAGGACCUGUGAGAACUCCUGUGUGGUAAUGCCUGUGCCUGGCCCCAUUCUGCCCUUUCUGACUGAGGAAAGUUUCCCAACAAGGACUUUUGUACCACGUCUGUAUGCCAGGAUCAUCAUGAAACAAUGUUUAUGCAGUGACCUAGUAUCCAUUGGUCUUGGAGUGCACCCUCUGUGUCUCUGAAUACAUUUUGCUGUCUGAUUUGGGAAUUUUCUGACAAUCAUAUUUGGUUGCAAGUUGCCAAAACCACAUUUGUUCUCUUUUUCCUUUUCUUAAAACAUGCUCCUCAGAGCCUGCCUUUUCCAUUUAUUGGCUGCUCUUUCUUUUCUCUUUGUUUUUGUUAGCAUAUGUGGAUUUUUUUUAAGCCCUAAAACCUUGCUCAUUUUCUGUUUCUUUUAUAAAGCUCAGGUGCCCAGGGAAAUCUACCCAAAAUAUUUCUGGAUCCCUUUCUCUGGUGUCACUAGGGGGCUGGUAGGGAAUUCCAAGAUGCCAGUAUCCUGAGAAAUCCUUGAAUCAUCAGUAAACAGCAUCUUUUCCUUAUGGGCUUCUUUGACCUCCAGAGCACAUUGUGCAUACUCCUCCAUGUUUGUAGAAUGUGGAAAUUGGUCCUGGAAGGGAAUCCCAAGAACAGUUCUUCUGGAAAUGAUUUUUGCCUGUGUUGUGACAUGUGUUUUUCUGCCUGCCUGUUGACAAGUGACAGGAUUGAAUGUCGGGCGCUUGGCCUCUGAUGCUUGGCUGGCGGCAGGAGCAGCUUCUCCUUUGUUAUUGCCUUAUUCACGUGUCACCCAAGUAAGGCUUGGGUUUUUCACAUCAUUUCUGAGAUGAAGUGUAACUAACUAGAGCAUUUCUUUGGUUGGUACAGAGAGUUAAAAGUUACCAAUCUCUAAACCGUGGCAUGGACAUAGGAGAUGUUGGAAUAAGCUCCACGUAAGUGUGUAUUCUUGGUGAUUUCUCGUCAGUGGAAAGAAGAUUUUUGUUUUGCCUUUAGGAGUUACAUUUCAAAACAUUGCAUUUUCUAUCCCCACACUCUCCUUUUUCUCGUUAGUGUUUCCUAAGCACAAGCCUGCUGCCGCUGGCCCCAAGGCCUGGCUUUCAGCCAGCUCUUAGCAGUCUGCCUGAUAAGUGGGUUUUCUCCUGUUGCAUCAUGUUGAAUCCUGUCCCCUAAGCCAUUAGCUUUCACAAUGUGCUCUUGGUGGGAAAGACCCCUGGUGCCAAGCCCAGGCAGGGCCAGCUGACGGGGAGGGUUUUAUGUUCCAGAAACUGCUCCGUGUGCUCCCUUAGAUGAAGAAGCUCCCAUGUGCCUACUUGUGUGGUGUCCAGUUACUCAGAGCUCAGCCCUUGGCUUUCCAGACUCCCUGCCCUGGGGCUGUUACCAGGCCUUUGGCAGACCGUUAGGUUAGGUGAUGCGCAGGAAGAGAAAGCUAGCCUAGAAGGUCAGCAGCUUUGCUGAAACUUGUUUAUGACAUUGUAUCUGUGCAUGGACAGUGCCUCCAAACUCAGUUCCUAUUGAAAUAUAAAGUAUCUGGAGGCCUGGAAGUCCAGAAUGUCAGCUGUAGUCUUUCCCUUUGUCCUGUGGCCUCCCCACACUCGCUGUUACUUGCUGAUUCCUUCUUCCCCAAGUAGGCAGGCAUCAGAGAUGAUUUGUUUAGAAAGUAACCCAGUUGCUCACCUCCGUGGCAUCCCAGUAUUACACCACUCAGAACCAGACUGUCCAUUUACACUCUUUUAAGAAAAAUCUGCCUCAUCUGCACCCUGUGGUAUUGGUCUUGGUGACUCCUGGGCACCAUGGGCAUACACCUUGGGGUGUGUAACUCAAUACAGUCAAGGUGAUUGUCCCCUCAGGUCCUUGUGAAGCCGCAUGUGCAGUGGAACUUCAAGUGUCCCGGCUAAGGUGAGCAUUUCCACAAUGCCACGGAGGUCAGGUCAGAUUGAACCACAACUCUGGUUUCGACAUGAUGCCAGUUCUGUUCUUAAAAUUCACUGAGAGAAAUGGGACAAAAUAUUUUUUUAAACCCGCAGAAGCACCUAAAGCAAAUACUUAUCAGUAUUUAAGAUCCAUUUUGUUUCUACUUGAAGCUUUAACCCCUUCUCUCCCCGCAAGUGUGCCUUCGAGAGCCCCCGUGUCAUACUAACUGCAUCUGCCACCUCACUGACCUCGUGUGAAAUUUUAGUCUCUUCCCACCUUCCUGAACAGAGCUUCCAUUUCCUCAUUUUGCAGGCUGUGCCUCAGAGAGCGUUCUGAGUUUUUGUUCAUAUUUAUACCCUUUGCUGGUGGGCUUCACAGACUCCCCACCUUCCCUCCACAUAAACCUUCUGGGAGGACGAAUUAGGGGUCAGAACAAGCUUAAAUUUAGUUAUAAGGCAAUACUGGACUUACUCUCCUCCCAGCCCUCUGCACACUGACUUGAUUUUAAUAUUUGAGUUUUAUAUCGAGUUGAAUACAUGAACAACAUAGGAAUUAUAUUGGAACUCUUCACAAAAAAAGAAGAGGGAGAAGAAAGAAGACCAGCUGAGGAAGUCUGACUCUGGGGGACCGAAAGCCACCAGCUGAUGGAGAACAAAGGGACGCUCCCCUCCCUUCAUCUUCCUGGGUUUCCUUCUGCUUUGCUUCUUUUCCUUCCCCUUAAAAGUGACAUUUCUGGUUGGUUUGUCUGUCCUUGUCCUUGUGGUGGUCCUGGCAUGGUGAUGGGCUCUGCUUUGCAUUACCUGUGCUCUCUUACCAGGGCACAAGCCAGUGUGGGGGAUCUGAACAUACCCAGGGGCAAGGAAGCUGAACUUGGAGGCGUGCGUCCCGUGCAGCCUCCCCGCAAACUGCAGAAGGCAUGUUGUGCAUGCUCACCAGUACGUGGCUCCCUCUCUUCAUGUUCACUGUCAAAUGAGAGCAGCCCUUGGGCAUUGGCUCCAUCUGUACUUGUAACUCUUCGCUCUGCUCCCCUCCCACCAACCAGGGUUCCUGCCGGGGCGCACCCAUGCGGCCCGGCGAAGCUGGUGCUGUGAGCGAUGUUUCCCAUACAGCUCAGGGGUCCCAGGUGGCUUACCCUGAGAUGGUCGUUUUAGGCACAUAACAAUAUAGGAAUGAAAAGUGGAUUUCACUGAUAUUUAAAUCUGUCUAUUUCAUUUUUGUUAAUGUUUUUCCCCAAUGACUUUUUAGCAAUUUAACAAAUAAAACAAAAUGGACAGAG